AUGCAAUCGAUGUUCAAUUGGUUUUAUUGGGCUAUUAAUAUUGGCUCACUUUCAUUGAUUGCUACUACAAACAUUGAAAAGUAUCAUUCAUUUUGGCUUGCGUUUCUUCUACCCACGGUCGCAUUCAUUGCUGCCAUCGUUGUCUUGGUGAUCGGUCGCAAUCAAUACGUUCAAAAACCUCCGUCUGGUUCAUUGAUAAUUCGCGCUGCUCGAGUGGCAGUGACUGCCAUUCGAAUGCGACGAAAAUUGGGUAAACAACCCAAUCGGCCAGAUUUUUUAGAUUACGCCAAAGACAUGUCGUCGGCGAGCGAUUUGAAUGAAAAAGAGACGGUUUCAAAAUUAAGCAACAAUGAGUUUAUUGAUGAUCUCAAAAAAGCAGUACGUGCUUGUCGUGUUUUUGCUUUCUAUCCAUUCUAUUGGAUCUGCUACAAUCAGUUUGGAACCAAUCUAGUAUCUCAAGCUGCGCAGAUGAAUGUUGGUCCUCUGCCUAAUGAUAUUUUACAAAAUAUCGAUCCGCUUGUUAUUGUUGUUUUCAUUCCAAUCUUUGACAAAUUGAUUUAUCCUGGCUUGCGACGAUGUAAAAUCAAUUUUCCCGCUAUUUCCCGUAUUGCUGCUGGUUUCUUCUGUGUUUCUCUUGGCAUGGCAUGGUCAGCAAUCGUUCAACAUCUAAUCUAUAUUGCUGGGCCAAACUUUGAUUAUGUGCCCAAACCUUGUAAAGAGUGUCAACAAUAUAACAAUAUUACUGUAGCUUGGCAAAUUCCAGCAUAUUUUUUCAUUGCCAUCUCCGAAAUCUUCGCUUCUGUUACUGGUCUCGAGUACGCAUUUACAGAGGCACCAAAGUCUAUGAAAUCCAUCGUAAUGUCACUUUACUUAUUCACAUCGGCUAUCGGCAGUAUCCUGAAUAUUGCACUUGUACCAGUAUCAGAGGAUCCAAAACUACUAUGGAUGUAUGCAGCGUUGGCAAUUCAGGCAUUCGCCUUCGGUCUUCUAUUUUACUUUGCUUUUCGAAACGAUCAAAAAGUACACGUAGAAGAAGAACCAGUCACGAAAUGA